AUGACCUGGAGCGCCACCGCCCGGGGCGCCCACCAGCCCGACAACACCGCGUUCACUCAGCAGCGCCUCCCCGCCUGGCAGCCGCUGCUGUCAGCCAGCAUCACGCUGCCGCUCUUCUUCUGCGCCGGCCUGGCCUUCAUCGGCCUGGGCCUGGGCCUCUACUACUCCUCCAACGGCAUCAAGGAGCUCGAGUACGACUACACCGGCGACCCGGGCACCGGCAACUGCUCGGUGUGCGCCGCCGCCGGCCAGGGCCGCGCGCCGCCGCCCCGCUGCUCGUGCGCCUGGUACUUCUCGCUGCCCGAGUUCUUCCAGGGCCCCGUGUACCUCUACUACGAGCUGACCAACUUCUACCAGAACAACCGGCGCUACGGCGUGUCCCGCGACGACGCGCAGCUGAGCGGGCUGCAGAGCGCGCUGCACCACCCGGUCAACGACUGCUACCCCUACCAGUAUAGCGCGGCUGGCCUGCCCAUCGCGCCUUGCGGCGCCAUCGCCAACAGCCUCUUCAACGACUCCUUCUCGCUGUGGCACCAGCGCCUGCCGGGCGGGCCCUACGUCGAGGUGCCGCUCGACCGCACCGGCAUCGCCUGGUGGACCGACUACCACGUCAAGUUCCGCAACCCGCCGCUGGUGAACGGCAGCCUGGCGUUGGCCUUCCUGGGCACCGCGCCCCCGCCCAGCUGGCACCGGCCGGUCUACGAGCUCAGCCCAGACCCGAACAACACCGGCUUCAUCAACCAGGACUUCGUGGUAUGGAUGCGCACGGCGGCGCUGCCCACGUUCCGCAAGCUGUACGCGCGCAUCCGCCAGGGCAACUACUCGGCCGGGUUGCCGCGGGGCACCUACCGCGUCAACAUCACCUACAACUACCCGGUGCGCGUCUUCGGCGGCCACAAGCUCAUCAACUUCAGCAGCAUCUCUUGGAUGGGCGGCAAGAAUCCGUUCCUGGGCAUCGCCUACUUGGUGGUCGGCUCCCUCUGCAUCCUCACGGGAUUUGUCAUGCUGGUCGUCUACAUUCGCUACCAGGACCAGAACGACGACGACGAGGACGACGAGUAAUUCCUGCUUUCAGAGUACUCUUUCUGCUUCUUGCCACAACGCUCUUGCAAGCUUCUUUUGGUUUCUCCCUCCCGACUGUCACCCAGUUCCAACUUCGCCUCACUUUGCCUCCAGUUGUGGAUGAGGGGACCAG